AUGGAACUUAUUAAAGAUUACCACGCUGCAAUCUGGCAAAUACUAUCUGCAAGACAUAAUGAUUUCUUAUGAUGUGGCUCUUUUCUUUUAAUUGCAUUACCUGUUCAGAUAGCACAACGUGUUGCAAUGUGAUUCAGCAACAGUUUGUCAUCAGGAUCUUGAGUAUGUACAGCUGGAAAGCACCAUUGUGAGACUUACGUAGCUGGUAACUCAGAUGGUUGCUCAAAAUGUGACUCAGGAACGAUACUGACAUCAGGAUCUUGCCCAUGCACAGAUGGCCAGAAUAAUUGUAAGACUUGCGCAACUGAUAACUCUAAUGACUGCGCAUCAUGCGCUGAUGGAUAUCAGUUGACGUCUGGAUAUUGCACUGUUGCAUGUGCAGUUGAAAAUUGUAAAACGUGCUCAGGAUCUAAUUCACAAAUUUGCGAUACUUGUCAAUCCGGGUUAGGCUGGGAUUCUACUUCAUCUAAAUGCUUGUGCUCAAUUGCUAAUUGUGCAACCUGCUCAACAACUACAUGUAGAAAUUGCGAUACAUGCGUUUACUUUAAGACUCGAUCAAAUCUUGCGAGUGCUCAAUACGUGACUGCAAGACUUGCUCAACGGCAUAUAUGGAAUAUGCCAAGAGUGUCAGUCUUGGCUUAG